UGUGUUGCAUUCGCUUGCAGUACGUGUACACAAACGUACCGGUGAGCGAUCUUUCCGAAAUCCGCAUCACUUUACACGCAGACAGAAGGGGAGAAGGGGCUGAGUUUCUGUUAUUCAGGAGAGACGUCUCGAGCCAAAAACACCAUGAAACUUUUACUUUGCGUAGUUUGCGCCCUUGUGUCACUGUCUAGUGCAACUGUUUUCUUUCAGGAGCAAUUUGACGAUGACUGGGCAGAGAGAUGGGUAAACUCCGAACACAAAGACGACCUUGGCAAGUUCAAGUUAUCUGCAGGGAAAUUUUACAACGAUGCGGAGAAAGACAAGGGUAUCCAGACGAGUCAGGACGCCAAAUUUUACGCCCUCUCCAGCAAGUUUGACUCCUUCAGUAACGAGGGUAAAGACCUGGUCAUCCAGUUUGCCGUCAAGCACGAGCAGAAGAUUGACUGCGGGGGCGGCUACGUCAAGGUGUUCCCCGGCGAUCUGGAUCAGACGGACAUGCACGGCGACUCCCCUUACAAUAUUAUGUUUGGGCCUGACAUCUGUGGGCCAGGCACCAAGAAAGUCCAUGUGAUCUUCAACUACAAGGGCAAGAACCUGCUCACGAAGAAAGACAUCAGGUGUAAGGAUGAUGAGUUCACCCACUUGUACACGCUGAUCGUCCGGCCGGACAACACCUACGAAGUCCGCAUCGACAACAAGGAGGUACAGAAGGGCAACCUUGAAGACGACUGGGACUUCCUGCCGCCCAAGAAGAUCAAGGAUCCUGAGGCCAAGAAACCGGAGGAUUGGGACGAGAGGGAGAAAAUUGACGACCCUGAUGAUACUAAACCAGACGACUACGACAAGCCAGAGUUCAUCCCAGACCCAGACGCCGAGAAGCCAGAAGACUGGGACGAUGAGAUGGACGGAGAGUGGGAACCACCAACAAUUAAUAACCCAGAAUACCAGGGCGAAUGGAAACCCAAGCAGAUUGAUAACCCAGAUUACAAAGGCAAAUGGGUGCAUCCAGAAAUCGACAACCCCGAGUACGAAGCAGACGAAUCACUUUACAGUUACAAAGACUUUGGCGUAAUAGGAUUUGAUUUAUGGCAGGUAAAAUCAGGCACAAUUUUUGACAACGUCCUCAUCACAGAUGACGUAGCAGAAGCAGAAAAACAAGCAGAUGAAUUAUGGAAACCCACAAAGGACGGCGAAAAGAAGAUGAAGGACAAGCAGGACGAGGAUGAACGCAAGAAGCGAGAAGAAGAAGAGAAGAAGAGGAAAGAGGAAGAAGGCGAGGAAGGAGACGAAGAGGAGGAAGAAGAUGAGUUUGGCAUGAACAUGGACGACCUGGAAGGCUACGAGGAAGGGGAUGAUGUUCUACCUGACGAGAUGCCGGAAGGCGAUGCGGAGGAUGCAGAGGAAGCAGAGGAAGAAACACAAAAGAAAGAUGAAUUGUAAAAUACAGCCAAGAUUUGGGGGUAGGGGGGAUAUAUUUUAAGGUUACCUAGUUUAGUGUGGAAAACAAUUAAGUUAUGCUGCAAUACGAGAUGGUUUCCAAACCUCUGCUUUGUUCUUGGUGUGGCUUCAAGAUAUUUCAGGCCCCUGGUGUCAGAAGAUUUUCAGGCUGAACACUAAGAGUUGUAAAUGAUCAGAAGCCAGGUUAAGCAAAACUGGAGACAAAAGUGAGGGUUUGAAACUCAAAUUUUUGUGUGAAACUUCAGCACAAUGAGUAAUUUCAUGGUGAGGUUUUUUUUUUCCGUCUUUUUUUUCUGGAAGUGAU